UCUUCCUUUGGCCUUUGCUUCUUCGAUUCUGAGAAGAAGCUAAAACCCUAGCAAUGGCAGUGACGCAGCUCCCCCGACCGCCGGAGGUCUACAAGCUUCCUCAGUACAAGUACGUCGACGCCGUACGAUGGCUCCCGCCCAUCUCCGCCCUUGACCGCCACGCGGUCCUCGCGCUUUUCGACUCCGACGGCGGCUCAUCCACCGUCGAAAUCCACUCCCUCCUCAACCCCAACCCCGACGCUUCCUCCACAGCAAAAAGCCUCACCACCCUAGCCGCCUGGACUCCUCCCUCGCGAGUUUCCUCCCUGAAGACCACCAAUCUCGGACACAGACCCUUCAUAGCCGUCUCCACCGUCGAUGGUUCGGUCCACGUACUGGCCGCGCAGAAUGCUCACUCGCUGGUGGAAAUGGGGGCAGCUCCUCGGGUCCACGCGGGUCCAGUGUCCUGCAUUGACUUGGUGGAAGGCGGAGCAGAGUGCGUGAGCGUUGGGGAGGACGGAAGGGUGAACCUUGUGAGUCUCGGGGACUCUGGUGUUUCCAGCUUCCGAUUCUUCGACUCAAACGGGUUGGUCUCGUACUCAGCGGCGAGGUGGGCUUCGCCGAACGAGUUUGCGACAGGCGGACUCGGGUUUGGGCUGCAGUGGUGGGAUCGGAGGAAGCCCGGGGGGCCUGUCUCACAGUUCAAAUGUAAUUGGACUCAAGGAAGAGCAUCUGGGAUUGUACAUUCCAUAGAUAUCCAUCCAUCACGAAAGCACACUUGUCUGGCAGGAGGUUCGUCAGGUACCAUAUUUGCUUGGGACCUGAGGUGGCAGCAACAACCAAUCAUUCUCUCUGGGGUCGUGAUGGGCGAUGGAUCAAAGCAUUCAGUUUCGGAUAGUAGUGAGGUUUGGGAGGUCCAAUAUGAUCGCGAUGUUAAGUCUUCAAACGCCAGCAACUUCUCCUCUUCCUCACGGAUGUUGCCCGUCAUGAUGUGCUCGGAAGAUGGGAUUCUCGCUGUUGUUGAGGAAGAUGAAGAACCCGUGGAGCUCUUAGCCGAACCUUGUGCCAUUAACAGCUUUGACAUUGACAAACAGAACCCAUCAGAUGUGAUUUGUAGUUUAGAAUGGGAAUCUGUGGCCAUCUUGACGAGGCCAUGAAUGGCCGUCAAAUCCAAGCAAUGCGAUAAGUCCAAUGUCUACUCUCAUGUAUACAAAGCAAUACCAGCUUUCCAAUGAUUUUGAAGUCGGAGCCAAUGAGUAAUAUUGGGUCAGUGUCCGUGCACCUGAUGUUAGGCCAACCCCUUCUCUUUGUUAUCGAGUUAUGGAAAGGAAAGCAAUGGCGAAGCAAACCGGGGGGGAGCAAGUUCUGCUACUCGAUUGAAGUGAAUUUGUGUGGUAUAUGGUGAGGAGAAAUGUGACUGAUUUCGAGGUUUAAUGUUUCCGAUUGUAUGAUCCACUGUUUGAGGAGCUUAUUGAGGAGGGGAUGAAUUGGGAAAGAGAAAUUUUCCAAUGCUCUUUUA